AUGCCACGGACGAAAAUACUAGGCACAAAGUUGCGUGCCGUAGCCUUAUUGUUAGGCUGGGUUCCUUUCAUAGAUGCAUACUAUUUUGCCGCCGUAAAAAGUGACCCUACGAUACCACAAGGCCUCCCAGUGUGGGGAUGGCAGCCAGUUGGUGCAGCGGAUGAUAUGGGAUGUAAAGUUGGAGGCACUCAACAGCUAGGAUGGCUUCAAGCAUUUGGUGUCUUAAACCAACAAACCCCUCCUAAUAACUGGCCAAACGGUAAUGCCGAAGGUUUCAUAUUCUACUCCGACGAAAAUUGUCACCUCGAACAAUCCGAAAAAAUACUUUAUGUUAAAUUCGACCCAAACUCUGUAAAGGCCCAGGUAGUGAACUUUCGGAACUUGCCGUGGGAACUCGAUAUCGAAACUACAAUAUCUCUCGCUGAUAGUAAAUACAAAAGUUAUCGAGAAGUCAGAGCGAACGACGCAGAUUUACAAAAAUUCCUACCGGAACAAAUUCAAGAAAUGCCUACAACAUACGUCUAUGCUGCUACACCAUACUUCGAAGAGGAAGGACGUAUGAUAUGGGGAGGAGAUGCCGUGGAAGGUGUUAUCAGUCUAAACAUCUCGCCACCACAGCAAGGAACGGCGCCUAAUCCUCGAGCUACCGUUUUCGAUGCCCUACUAUCGUUGAUGUCGGGUCUGGGGCAAGAUUUAGGUAAUCAACAACGGUUAUUACUCUACGCGGAUGAUGCGAUGCGGUCUUUAGGAUUAGGGGUGAUGCCACCCAAUGUGGGAGUCUACAAAGCGUCACCGGUGUCGAAAGUAUUGGAUUUUAACACAAUAAAUAUGAACCUGGCUCCUGAUAAUGCCAAUAAUAAUUUUUUCAACCCCAAUCAAGCACAGAACACGGGUAUGAAUAUCGAGGAGCCGGUUCAGGAGGCUCAAGAUAUCAUGCCUAGGAUUAAUCUCCCCCUUUACGGCGAUACCGAGAACAACCAGCAAAUUGAGACUAGAGGGAGAAGAAUGCGAUUCAACCAUCCUUACUUCGAAGAUUUGGAGGAAGGGUCAGAACUACAAGAGGAACAGAUUCCUGAGGGAGAACCAUUGAAUCUAGCAAAUUUCGAACCCCGUCAAGAAUAUUUUGACCCCAUUGGGGUUAUGCGCGAUUUACUUGCUAGAUGGCAGAAUGUCCUACAGGAAAAUGCAAUUAUUGAGGAAACAGCAGUACGGCGGUAUAAUCAAGAUACGAGUCAAAACACAAGAGACAGGCUCAGAGAAGCCCUCCAGUUGAUGGAUAACGGAAGAGCAUGGACUCAGAACGUGGAAGCAACUACACAAGCCUUGGUUGAUGCGCAAAGACUUUACCUAGAGGACCUUCAAGAACUCGAGGAACAGCACAAGAUAGAAGCAGGGUUAUACCAAAGCGAGCUUGAUGCGAUCCAAGAUGUCAAAUCUGAAUACGAGUCAAGUUUCGUCCCGUCCCAAGAACUCACCGCAAAAUACGAAAUGAUUGGGGCCGCAAUGAACCAGGCGCAAGAGUUGUACGAAGGUGCCGUCGAUACUUUGGAGAGACAGCAUCACCGAUAUUCGUGGGAGUACAGUCUGAAUGAAAAUGACUUUUAUGAAUACUACGUUAAAGUUUUCCGAUACUUCCGAAGAAUCGAAGUUCGGCUAAGGGUAUUGAGAGACGAGCUUGGACUCGGACCUGACAGUCCGGUGGCUAUUUAUGGACUUCGAGGUGAUGAUGAGCUUCGAGAUGAUGAUACUGGCGAGGUCUACCGACACCCUAGCAGUUACAAUGAACAGAUAGCGUUGCUCAAUCUUGGUGGCAUGGAUGAUUUUAACGUGGCACAGAAUUACGAGGAAAGCAAGGAGCAGAGCGAAGAGGGAGAGGAGAUAACUUUUCAACAGCAGCAGCAGGUUAUAAACUCAAGUCCUGAGGAGAGCGGGGAUAUGAAUUAUACGGGAGGGACGAAUGUCAACCCAGAUGCAACGGAUUUUGAUCCUGAUAGUUUGUUAUAA